AUGGCCUCUCAGCUCGUGCCACUGCCCGAGGUCGAAAGAUUGUCCCCCGCAGUGACCCGGAUCCUUGGAGGGAACCCGGGCAAGUUCAGCCUGCAAGGGACAAACACAUAUCUGAUAGGCACCGGCUCCAGCAGGUUGCUCGUCGAUACCGGAGAGGGCAAGCCAUCGUGGGCUGCCGCCCUGAAACGCGUUCUGGCUGAAGAAGAUAUCUCCAUCAAAAGUGCGCUGCUGACUCAUUGGCAUCACGACCACAUCGACGGCGUGCCCGACCUGUUGAGUCACUCUCCGGGCACCGCCGUCUACAAGCGUGAUCCUCACCAGGGCUGGCUUGAUAUACAGGAUGGACACAAAUUCGAAGUCGAAGGUGCAACGUUGACGGCUGUUCAUACACCAGGGCACGCGACAGACCACAUGGUAUUCAUUCUGGAGGAAGAGAAUGCUCUCUUCACGGGCGACAAUGUACUAGGCCAAGGGACAUCCGUAUUUGAGGAUCUAGCAACCUACUUGCAAAGCCUGGAGAAGAUGGGCAAGCUAGUCUCCGGACGCGGUUAUCCUGGUCAUGGCCCAGUCCUUCCCGAUGUCAACGCCAAGAUUUCCGAGUACAUAGCCCACAGGUUCGAACGGGAGGAGCAGGUUAUCCAGACACUCGCCUCUCAAAAAUCGUCUCUUGCCUCGACUGGGGAAGUCUCGGGACCCGCCGACGCUUGGACUGCUAUGGAACUAGUCAAGGUUAUCUAUGCUGCAUAUCCAGAGAAUCUUCAUGGCCCAGCCGCCCACGGCGUGGUUCAGAUCCUGCAGAAACUCCGGAACGAAGGCAAAGUCCUGCUCGAAAAUAGCGAUCUCUGGCGAUUGAAAGACAAGUCUAGUCUCUAG